AUGGCUACUCCCCUGACCGAGAAACAAUUGAAAGCAAAAGCAAUUCAGUAUUAUCGGGAAAAUUCCGUGCUGAAAUGGACCGAGCAAGUACUCAACAAGAUGUUUCACGAUAAUCCGCAAGAUACAGCCGGCUAUUUGACAUUGAUGCGACUUCGAUACUCCGUGCCUAAACAACAGGAUGAGGCUCUGACGUCCGUGGAAAGCGAUGAACAUUUGGGAGUAGAAACACUGUUUGAGGAGGAAAUUUUACCACACCUGUUUGAGAAACCCCUGACUUCGCACAGUCUGGAGUUGAUUGAUGAAAAAUUGAGGACCUGGUUUGACCAGCGUUCCACAAGUCGACAGAAACAGGGAGACACAAUGGAAUUGACGAAAACAGAGGCCGCACCGAAAGCCACCGGGGUAGCAACAAAACCGACCGGACAAGGCAACACCAGAGCAAAGACCAGUCGACCUAGUACGAGUCAAAUGCAAAACAGUGUAAUCGAAUUGGCCUCACCGGCAGCGUUUCACUGUUCUGCCGUUUCCCUUGCCUCACUGAUAGCCACGUGUACCAGUGCUCAUCUGGCAACCCCAAAGCAUCGAGCUAUCGAGCAGAUUGUAUCGGAAAUACUGUCCAAAAUGGCAUUGUCCACUCCCGAGGUGGUUUUGACCCCACGAUAUCAGUUGCCUUUGCCAAUUAUUACACUAUUAAACGGAAUUGUUGUGGGCUCUCUUGGAUCCGGACAGUUAUGCAAAUGUUUACGUCACAUCCUACUUAUUCCGAAACCCACCCUGAGUCCGACCGAGGCAAGUUUCAUAACUACACACCCGGGGACGCAAAUGUUAUGUACCAACGGUGCACCUGCACUGCCCAUGGAUCGACCGGAAAGAGGCUUGGAUUUUGUAUUGGAAGCAAUGCAACAAUUGCAUCUCAAAGACCAAUUUCUACUCGGUUUACAUUUGAUCAGUCGUUCCAUUUACGAUCCGGUGAAAGGUAAAUAUGAACCGGUCACGGGGAUGCUCAAAACUCCUGAAGAAAUGGUCAACUACUAUGCGGAUCUAGUUGCCAAGUAUCCUCAAGUUCAAUUACUUAUUGAACCAUUCCGUAGAGAGGACGCGCAGUGCUGGUCCAUGCUACAAGAUCGUCUCAGGUCUCAAGUUCUGAUAGCGACCACGAAUAUUCCACAAUCAAACAUGUCCCCGGGCGGUGCCGGUUCAAGAAAAAUAUCCAACACACGACCAGGCUCAUCGUUUGGUCCGCCAUCCAGUCCCAGCAUCGCCACGGUUGCCCAACAAAGUCGAGCCAAACUGAGUGGAUCAGAUCAAACCCUGGCGAGCACAAUCAUCACAGCUGAUGGUCCGACAGAUUCGAAUCCAGUUCUAACGGAUUCCGAGCAACAUGAACGGGCACAAGCCAGCAUAACAGAAAACGAAGAGAGAAGCUCAGCCACUGGUGUUCCGAAUUCCGAAGAAGAAGACAAACCGCAAGAAAUUUUCUCCGCUUGGUUUAUCAACCCCGAGGCCGGUUUAGACUGUUGUUUGGUGACUGAAUUAAUCCAAGCGGUACAUUUCAUGCAUGGUCAACAGAAACAGACAAUUUUUGAUGGUGAAUCAAUGAAAUACGCAGACGCAUUUGCUGUUGACAUUCCAGCCAUUGUGAUGCGCUCUGAUGCGCUCCCAAAGACCUUUGAUCAAUACGGCUGCUCUACAAAAGGAGACAAAUUGACAAACAUAACAAUCUUCGAGCAAUGUCGUUUCAGUCAGCAAGAAGAGAAAUACAAUGUGAAUCAUUCCGAUCGGACUCGUAGUUUAUUCAUUGAACAGCAUGGUAUGAUCACCAGUGAUCUGCUCUCACAUGUGACUUCCUUUAUGUACAAUUACCAUUCAUUUCACAAUCGUCGAAUCGAUGUUGAUGAUGAUGAUGAUGAUGAUGAUGGUGAUGUGGAUGUUCUAUUUUAA